AUGGGUUGUGGAACAUCGAGAUCUGUCGAGACAGCAGUUAUUACCUCAAACGAAGAUCAUGAUAAGCCGAGCAUUCGAGAGACAGAAGCGAAUGGAAAUGUUAGUGCUACACCGAACUCGCUUGACAACAACAAUGACAGGCCGGUAACAGAAGCUCUCGCGGAGCAGCCUUUAACAGAAGCUAGCGGCCAUAAUCAGGAACAUGGGUUUUCCGUCGGAGAUAGAGUUCACGUGUCGGGAUAUGUGGGAACAGUUAAGUCUAUUGGUGAAUUGAGCGAUCUAGGCGACGGUGAAUGGAUCGGAAUUGAGCUCGACCGAAGUCACCCUCAGGGGCAUGAUGGCUGCUUCCAAGGUGUUCAGCGUUUUGUUUGUAAGCCAAGGCAUGGCUUGUUUGUUCGUCCCUCAUCAGUUUUUCAUCACACAGACAUUAAUGCUAUUACUGAGACAUCGAGUGUUUCGCCUCAGACAAUUACUUUUAUCCAAACGAGCAUGCGCCGGUUUCUCGCAAGAAUUCGGCUUAAGAGAUUUCAACAACGUACAGGAGUCGAAAAGAAGAUCGACGCGCACGUGCUGUCGACACCAGAGGAGGAGACGGAAAGCGUCGAGAGGCUUAGCCAGUAUUUGACUCAUCCCUGGUCAGGAGAAAGACACAAGGCGUACGCGAUUUUUCGCUGGUUGAGCUUUAAUGUCGCUUAUGACGUCGAAGGGUUCUUUGGUAGAGCUGAGAAGAAAAAGGGUGACGCAAGCAGCGUUUUGAAGCAUAGAACUAGCGUAUGUGCAGGUUAUGCAAACCUCUUUGAAGGUCUUGCUAAAGCGGCGGGAUUGCAUGUUCAUACCAUUUCAGGUUAUGCCAAAGGUUAUGGUUUUGAGCCCGGUCAGCAGUUUAAAAACACAAAUCAUGCGUGGAACGCAAUUCAAGUCAACCGUGAAUGGUUCAUCUGCGAGCCUACAUGGGGGGCUGGUUAUUUGGGGAACGAUUUGCUAUUUCAUCGGAGCCCCAACGUUGCUAUGUUCCUAAUGGAUCCAGAAUACGCUAUCUGUAGUCAUUAUCCAGCGGAUGAGCAAUGGCAGUUCCUUGACCAGCCAAUCAGCAAAGAGGAAUUCGAAAGGUUGGUCGUGCCUUCUGGAAGGAUUCACGAGGUGGGAGUCGAGCUGUUAAGCCACAAAGAAAGCAUUUACACCAUCAAGGAUGCGGAUAACAUAGACAUGAUGUUUUACUCGCCUUCUUUGAAAAUACUGCGAGGUGGUCUAAAAGAUACCUCGGGGAAAGAGCUCGAAGGACGAAAGUGGACGCAAAUAAUUCCUUGUGGGGUGAACAAAGUUAAACUAAGAGCGCAGUUUCCCACCCCCGGCAAAUUCAAGUUGUGUCUGUACGUAAGGGACGCGGAUUCAAAUAAUACGUGGAAACAUGGAGUAGAAUAUCUUGUCAACGCCGGUAAAGGCGUGGAAAAAGGUCGAGGGGGAUUUCCUCGGCUAGGAAACGAAUUCUACGAAAUGGGAUUUUACCUUGAUCAUCCGUUCGAGAACGUCGUCUCGCAAGAUGGAAAAGCGUGCAUCUCUUUAGAGAACUACAACUCGCAGAUUUCAGGCGUCAGUGGCAAUUUAGAACUUGAAGGAAAAGACAAGAAACUUAAGGAAGAGUUUAACGGCUUUACGUUUUAUUGGACGGAAAAGACGAACAAGGGUUAUCAGGUUCAAGUUCAUUGCCCGGUUCCUGGCGAGUACAUUUUGAAAAUAUUCGCAAAGCACACUGAGGAGGGACGUUCUAAUACCUUUGUUUGUGGCUACUAUAUCACUGCACUCGCUGGCGUAGGACCAGUCCCAGGCUUUCCUCGACUAUCCGAUCGCUUUGACGCUUGGGGUCUGGAGCUUAUCGAGCCUCGAGAGAACAUCCAUGUCCCGGAUGGACGCGCCUCUGUCAAAAUAAAGACCCCGGAUGAAAUUUUCCUCAGUGGCAACUUGAUGAAAGGAAGUCAAUAUCUAGACAACGGUUUGUGCUUUACUACGACAUCAGGCGGCGUCAGUACAGUUCUGGUACACGCGCCAGAAACCGGCGAAUUUCAGCUCAACAUUUUUGGUAGAAAACCCGGCGGCAAAGAUAGCGAGUACCUGGGUUCGUUAGUCAUCAAGGCAGAUCAAGCAGCUAGCUUAAACCCAGGCUUCCCUUACCUCAAGGAUGAGUUCAAAGAGUGGGGACUGGAACUGGUAGAUCACUUCGAGAACAUUUUGUCCUAUGACAGUCACGUGACCGUAACACUUUCACAUCCCAGUACCAUUUCUGUCCAGUCAUUCCUGUUUGAUGCGCACAACAAGCAGAUUGGUUAUUCUCUUCCGUCACAGACCGCUGACAACAAGACCACGAUGAGUUGUGAGCUGCCAAAGCCUGGAAGUUUUAAACUGAACAUUUUUGGUACAAAUUUGUUACUCGACAGCACUAAACGAAACUAUCUGGGUUCAUACAAAGUUCUAUACCAACCUAAAUGA